AUCCCCAAGUGAGGGUGGUUAGGUGGGGCUGCUUUUGUGCUGGAAACAAGCACAUCCAUCUGAGGCUCCUCAAGGGGGUGACUCUUGGUUGUGGCAGAUUGGAGGGUUCCCAGUCUGGAGGAGAUUGGGAUUAGGAGCUAAGUGCGGCAGAGGCGCUGUGGCAGGAAGUCCUGUGGUCAUGGCCCCCCAGAAUACAGGUUCUGCUCAGAUGGGGCCCCCACGCCUCCUACUGACUACUGCGCUGCUCCUGGCCCUGGCGGUGCCCCGGGAAGCCUCCCAGCACUGCAGUCGCCUUGAGUACUGGAACCCUGACAACCUGUGCUGUGGUAGCUGCCUGCAGCGCUUUGGGCCGCCCCCUUGCUCGGACUACGAGUUUUCGGAAAACUGCGGGCUCAAUGACGCUGGCGAUCACGUAACGCACCCCUUCAAAGAGUGUCCUCCUGGGCAGUGCAACCCCAAAAGCGCGGAGCUAUGUAGCCCUUGUGGCGGCGGAAUAACGGCCCCCACUCCAGCGGGGAGUCACAAUGGAAACCGGCGGCGCUGCAGAGAGAAGCCUGUCCCUAACAAGGAGCCCUGCCCCCUGACGCCUGGAAAACCAAGCAUCCUUGGCUCCCAGGAGCCCGGCUCAUCGGCGAUUCCCAGGCUUUUGUGGACAACUGAGCAAAAAGUCCCUCAGCAGGCCUGGCCAAUUCUGAGUUUUGCCCUGUCCCUGGUGCUGGUUCUGAUCGUGACUUCAGCCAUGAUCCUCCUCCUCGCCCUGCAAAGGCACCGCAGUCGCCGCCACCAGGGGAAAGCUGUCCAACACCCCAAUCCUGGCUUGGUUUGCAGCGACAACACCCACACCCUUUUCUUGCACUCGUCCUCUCCAGGCUCCCUGGAGGAUUCAGAGGCAGGGGACUCAUGGAAGGAGGUCUCUCUGCCUCUGCUCCUAGGCAAGGAGCUGCAGAGUCUGGAAUCGCUGCCCCUGUCUCGCCUCCUGGAUGAGCUGGAGGUGCUGGAGGAGCUGAUCGUCCUGCUGGAUCCUGAGCCUGGGCCAGGUGGAAGGAUGGCCUGUGGUACCACCCGACACCUGGCUGCAAGAUAUGGAUUGCCUUCAGCCUGGUCCACCUUUGCCUACUCACUGCGGCCCAGCCGCUCACCUCUGCGAGCCCUGAUCGAGAUGAUGGUGGCAAGGGAGCCCUCUGCCUCUCUGGGCCAGCUUGGCACACAUCUGGCCCAGAUAGGGCGGGCAGAUGCACUGCAAGUGCUGUCCAAACUUGGCUGAUCUGGGGCUUGCCUGGCCCAGUACUCAAUAAAGUUUCCCUUGAAAUAA